UUUUUCUCUCUGUCCCUCUGAAGGCGUCCACAGGUCCAACAGUCUAUUUGUAGACAUUUCAAAAGCUCCCGAACGUUUGGAUUAAAAAACUUUUCAAAAUAGCACGCAAAAGCCGUCAGGAGGAGGCAGGAGGAGCCGCAGGGAGUCAUGCUGUCUCUGAGCUGUGCUGAUCCCUGGCUUCAAGGAGCCGCGGAUCAGGAGGUGAAGGAGCCUCUGGAUGACAGCCUGACCAGCCUGCAGUGGCUGCAGGAUUUCUCCAUCCUGGAUGCCAGCGUGCCUCAGCUGCCUGCACACCAGCAGCUGCUGGGGCCCGAGGCCCCACCCUCACCCCUUGCCGGGGAUCCAGCCACCUGCGGCACGCCCCCCACACCCGGAAAGCCCACAGCAGCUGCCUACAGCCGGAUGCAGGUCCUGCCGAGUAUCGUGGCGCACGGCCACUGUCCCGAUGACGUAGACUACAAAACCAACGCGCACAUCAAGCCGCCGUACUCGUACGCCAUGCUGAUCUGCAUGGCCAUGCAGGCCAGCAAGAAGAGCAAGAUCACGCUGUCCUGCAUCUACAAGUGGAUAACAGACAACUUCUGCUACUACAGACAUGCUGACCCCACCUGGCAGAACUCCAUCCGACACAAUCUGUCCCUCAACAAAUGUUUCAUCAAAGUUCCCCGACAGAAGGGUGAGCCAGGGAAGGGAGGAUUCUGGAAGAUGGACCCACUGUAUGCAGGUCGCCUCCUGAGUGGCGCGUAUAAGAAGAGGAGGAUGCCACCAGUUCAGAUCAACCCAACCCUGCAGAAGAGGCUCAAGCUCAACUGCCAACCCCAGUCCCAGUGCCAUGGUAGCACCUCAGGUGGUACUUGGGACUACCAGGCCACAUCUCAAGACCCUGGUACCCUCUCAGGUGGUACCUGGGAUUGCCAGCCCCAGUCCCAAGACCCUGGUAACCCUUCAGGAUUUCAGAAUGGCCAAUGCAUCAACCCAGUGUCCCACUGGUUCCUCACAGAGUUAACAGAGGAAACCAGAGCCAACCAAAACUCAGACCCCCAUCUGACUGAGGGAGCCAUGCUGGGAUCUCAGCCAGCAGUCAGGAGAAGAGGUGAGCACAAGAGGAGUCAGCCACUGAGCUUCAGAAAUAGCAAACCCUUCGGACCACUGUUUGCCAUCUCCUCACUGUCAUCUGUAGCUGACCAGAAAGAAGAUGGACCUCUUCACGGCGACUUUGAUUGGGAUGCCCUGCUAGACGCAGCUCUCAGAGGGGAGCUCACUUUGGGUGCAGUACAUCUGAGUCCAAUCCUGAAACAGGAGGACCUGGCAGCAAGGGAGACCCACGUCACUCCCACAGAGCAGCUGACAGGGACCACAGACAUCCAAGUACCAUCUGAGACCCAACGGAACAAAGCCGUAUCAUACGUUGAAGAGGAUACCUUCCUUGCCACAGCCUUCCUGGAGAACACAUGGCCAGAAGGACAAGACCUUUGUACCUCAGCUGUCAACCUGGACCAGCUGUUUGGCCUUGGAGUGCCCUUAGAUGGAGAACCAAGUACUCGGAUUGAUACACUUCUUUAAGAAAUUGCUUUUUACCCUAAAACUCUUCAGUGCUUUUCUAGAGAAAUACAGGAAAAGGAAUAAAACUUUUUCUU